AUGCACUCGUCUCGCACGCGACAAAGAGCUCAGCCGCCACACCACCACCACCACCAGCAGCAGCGACCCGCGUUGAAUCGAAACCAUUUCUCUCCGCAAUCGACGGUCAGAGGCACUUUGCGAGGUGCAUCUAUUGCCAACUCGAGAUGCGAGGAGGACAACAUCAGUUCUCUCAAUCCCGCAACGAAGACGAGUGCCAAAGCACAGGAGUAUCUCCUGCCGUUGAGGCCGACGUGUAGCCAGCGUUCGACAAAUCGUAGUUUUCUUUCAAUGCAUGGCUCACGCGAGACGGAGGUGGAUAUUACAACGAACGGAAAGGAAUUCGCUACGGCGCCCUCCUCGCCGUCAUCUUCAUCGACAAUCUCACCCAGUAUGUAUCCCACGCCGCUAUCCAUAGAGCACGAGCUCGCCGAGACGCAGCGAGAGCUUAAGCGACUGCAGAUGCAGCUCAGACGUUCUAGCAAGCUCGAACGGCAGAGGGAGGAGUACAUCUCAGGGUUGGAGGCGACUGUGGAUGCACAGAGACGCGACAAUCUGCUUCUUCGUCAUCACCUAGCCCGCAGGCAGCUCUUGGCAGAAGCGCUACAAGAGGAUAACCGCGCUCUUUUGGAGGCGCAGCAGCGCCCCAUCACCCACCCACAGCCGCUUAUCACACAUAACUCGACAGGCACCAUGACGGUGGCCCCCACGAGGAUUGCCUCUGGAAUUGGCAGCGAGCAGCCUUCUCCUUACUCCUCUGGCUUCCACAUGCAGCUACCUGAGCGACAGAGCAGCUUUGCAGGUACCUCUCCGCCACUCUCUCCGACGCAGUCGAUGUCGCCAUCCUAUCACUACACCUACAGAGCCACUCAAGGGCCACACGAACAUGAGUUGCCACUACAUUCGCCGAAGGUGACCGCCAUUCACGGUCGGUGGGCACUGACGCAGCUAGCUCACACAGCUUCGGCGUGUGUGUCUGCGGAUCCGGAAGAACUUCCGCAUCUUCAAUCAUUACUACACCAACAUCGCACUGACGCCAAAAUUGCACCGACUCAUGCCCAUUACGCUACCCGCAGUAGCUUUGCAUCACAGCCACAGCCCCUCUCCGUCGACGACGAAUCCCUUUUUUCUAGGACUAUCAAGUCUUCUUCCCACGAUGCACACACCAUGAUAGAAUCAAUAUUCCUCACAACGGAGCAGACAACUCCGCAAGAACCGCUCUCACCCUCUCGCAUGAACUCAGCUGCAAUAGUAAACGCCAUCGAAAACUCUCCUCACAACACUAGUCACCUCUUCAACAGCGAAGACACACAGCACCCGAAACACCACAUUCCUGCGCACAAUGCGUACACCACACUCCAUCCACUCCACCGCAGCACUGUCCCCUACAAAGUCUCAACCACAAAAGGCCACCAUCACUUUCCGGCGCACGAGGCGGAGAUGGCCGCCCUGCGAGACGAGAUGGAGGAGAAGGAGUCUGAGAUGGCAGCCCUCCGCCAGGCGCUUGCUGAGGCGCGGCGUGGGAGCACUGCUGCUGGCGCGACGCUGCGCGACGGUGCUGUCGUGCAGGCGCUGCGGGACCAGAUGGCAGAGCAGGCGGCGGAGAUGACAGGCCUGCGCGACAAGGUGGCGGAGCAGGAGUUGGAGAUGGCAGCCCUCCGCCAGGCGCUUGCUGAGGCGCGGCGCGGAAGCACUGCUGCUGGCGCGACGCUGCGCGACGGUGGUGCUGUCGUGCAGGCGCUGCGGGACCAAAUAGCGGAGCAGGCGGCGGAGAUGACAGGCCUGUGCGACAAGGUGGCGGAGCAGGAGUCGGAGAUGGCAGCCCUCCGCCAGGCGCUUGCUGAGGCGCGGCGAGGAAGCACUGCUGCUGGCGCGACGCUGCGCGACAGUGGUGCUGUCGUGCAGGCGCUGCGGGACCAAAUAGCGGAGCAGGCGGCGGAGAUGACAGGCCUGUGCGACAAGGUGGCGGAGCAGGAGUCGGAGAUGACAGCCCUCCGCCAGGCGCUUGCUGAGGCGCGGCGUGGGAGCACUGCUGCUGGCGCGACGCUGCGCGACAGUGGUGCUGUCGUGCAGGCGCUGCGGGACCAAAUAGCGGAGCAGGCGGCGGAGAUGGCACGCCUGUGCGACAAGGUGGCGGAGCAGGAGUCGGAGAUGACAGCCCUCCGCCAGGCGCUUGCUGAGGCGCGGCGUGGGAGCACUGCUGCUGGCGCGACGCUGCGCGACGGUGCUGUCGUGCAGGCGCUGCGGGACCAAAUAGCGGAGCAGGCGGCGGAGAUGACAGGCCUGUGCGACAAGGUGGCGGAGCAGGAGUCGGAGAUGGCAGCCCUCCGCCAGGCGCUUGCUGAGGCGCGGCGAGGAAGCACUGCUGCUGGCGCGACGCUGCGCGACGGUGGUGCUGUCGUGCAGGCGCUGCGGGACCAAAUAGCGGAGCAGGCGGCGGAGAUGACAGGCCUGUGCGACAAGGUGGCGGAGCAGGAGUCGGAGAUGGCAGCCCUCCGCCAGGCGCUUGCUGAGGCGCGGCGCGGAAGCACUGCUGCUGGCGCGACGCUGCGCGACAGUGGUGCUGACGUGCAGGCGCUGCGGGACCAAAUAGCGGAGCAGGCGGCGGAGAUGACAGGCCUGCGCGACAAGGUGGCGGAGCAGGCGGCGGAGAUGGCGGCGCUCCGCCAGGCGCUUGCUGAGGCGCGGCGUGGGAGCACUGCUGCUGGCGCGACGCUGCGCGACGGUGCUGACGUGCAGGCGCUGCGGGACCAGAUGGCAGAGCAGGCGGCGGAGAUGACAGGCCUGUGCGACAAGGUGGCGGAGCAGGAGUCGGAGAUGACAGCCCUCCGCCAGGCGCUUGCUGAGGCGCGGCGUGCGAGCACUGCUGCUGGCGCGACGCUGCGCGACGGUGGUGCUGACGUGCAGGCGCUGCGGGACCAAAUAGCGGAGCAGGCGGCGGAGAUGGCAGGCCUGUGCGACAAGGUGGCGGAGCAGGAGUCGGAGAUGACAGCCCUCCGCCAGGCGCUUGCUGAGGCGCGGCGCGGAAGCACUGCUGCUGGCGCGACGCUGCGCGACAGUGGUGCUGACGUGCAGGCGCUGCGGGACCAAAUAGCGGAGCAGGCGGCGGAGAUGGCAGCCCUCCGCCAGGCGCUUGCUGAGGCGCGGCGUGCGAGCACUGCUGCUGGCGCGACGCUGCGCGACAGUGGUGCUGACGUGCAGGCGCUGCGGGACCAAAUAGCGGAGCAGGCGGCGGAGAUGGCAGGCCUGCGCGACAAGGUGGCGGAGCAGGCGGCGGAGAUGACAGCCCUCCGCCAGGCGCUUGCUGAGGCGCGGCGCGGAAGCACUGCUGCUGGCGCGACGCUGCGCGACAGUGGUGCUGACGUGCAGGCGCUGCGGGACCAAAUGGCGGAGCAGGCGGCGGAGAUGACAGGCCUGCGCGACAAGGUGGCGGAGCAGGCGGCGGAGAUGUCAGCCCUCUGCCAGGCGCUUGCUGAGGCGCGGCGUGGGAGCACUGCUGCUGGCGCGACGCUGCGCGACAGUGGUGCUGACGUGCAGGCGCUGCGGGACCAAAUAGCGGAGCAGGCGGCGGAGAUGACAGGCCUGCGCGACAAGGUGGCGGAGCAGGCGGCGGAGAUGGCAGCCCUCCGCCAGGCGCUUGCUGAGGCGCGGCGUGGGAGCACUGCUGCUGGCGCGACGCUGCGCGACAGUGGUGCUGACGUGCAGGCGCUGCGGGACCAAAUAGCGGAGCAGGAGUCGGAGAUGGCAGCCCUCCGCCAGGCGCUUGCUGAGGCGCGGCGCGGGAGCACUGCUGCUGGCGCGACGCUGCGCGACAGUGGUGCUGUCGUGCAGGCGCUGCGGGACCAAAUAGCGGAGCAGGCGGCGGAGAUGACAGGCCUGCGCGACAAGGUGGCGGAGCAGGAGUCGGAGAUGGCAGCCCUCCGCCAGGCGCUUGCUGAGGCGCGGCGUGGGAGCACUGCUGCUGGCGCGACGCUGCGCGACAGUGGUGCUGACGUGCAGGCGCUGCGGGACCAAAUAGCGGAGCAGGAGUCGGAGAUGGCAGCCCUCCGCCAGGCGCUUGCUGAGGCGCGGCGCGGGAGCACUGCUGCUGGCGCGACGCUGCGCGAUGCUGGUGCUGAUGUGCAGGCGCUGCGGGACCAAAUAGCGGAGCAGGCGGCGGAGAUGACAGGCCUGCGCGACAAGGUGGCAGAGCAGGCGGCGGAGAUGACAGCCUUCCGCCAGGCGCUUGCUGAGGCGCGGCGUGGGAGCACGGCUGCUGGCGCGACGCUGCGCGACGGUGCUGACGUGCAGGCGCUGCGGGACCAAAUAGCGGAGCAGGAGUCGGAGAUGACAGCGCUCCGCCAGGCGCUUGCUGAGGCGCGGCGUGGGAGCACGGCUGCUGGCGCGACGCUGCGCGACGGUGCUGACGUGCAGGCGCUGCGGGACCAAAUAGCGGAGCAGGCGGCGGAGAUGGCAGCGCUCCGCCAGGCGCUUGCUGAGGCGCGGCGCGGGAGCACUGCUGCUGGCGCGACGCUGCGCGACGGUGCUGACGUGCAGGCGCUGCGGGACCAAAUAGCGGAGCAGGCGGCGGAGAUGACAGCCCUCCGCCAGGCGCUUGCUGAGGCGCGGCGCGGGAGCACGGCUGCUGGCGCGACGCUGCGCGACGGUGCUGUCGUGCAGGCGCUGCGGGACCAAAUAGCGGAGCAGGCGGCGGAGAUGACAGCCCUCCGCCAGGCGCUUGCUGAGGCGCGGCGCGGGAGCACGGCUGCUGGCGCGACGCUGCGCGACGGUGCUGUCGUGCAGGCGCUGCGGGACCAAAUAGCGGAGCAGGCGGCGGAGAUGACAGGCCUGCGCGACAAGGUGGCGGAGCAGGCGGCGGAGAUGACAGCCCUCUGCCAGGCGCUUGCUGAGGCGCGGCGCGGGAGCACUGCUGCUGGCGCGACGCUGCGCGACGGUGCUGUCGUGCAGGCGCUGCGGGACCAAAUAGCGGAGCAGGCGGCGGAGAUGACAGGCCUGCGCGACAAGGUGGCGGAGCAGGCGGCGGAGAUGACAGCCCUCUGCCAGGCGCUUGCUGAGGCGCGGCGCGGGAGCACGGCUGCUGGCGCGACGCUGCGCGACGGUGGUGCUGACGUGCAGGCGCUGCGGGACCAAAUAGCGGAGCAGGCGGCGGAGAUGGCAGCGCUCCGCCAGGCGCUUGCUGAGGCGCGGCGCGGGAGCACUGCUGCUGGCGCGACGCUGCGCGACGGUGCUGACGUGCAGGCGCUGCGGGACCAAAUAGCGGAGCAGGAGUCGGAGAUGACAGCGCUCCGCCAGGCGCUUGCUGAGGCGCGGCGUGGGAGCACGGCUGCUGGCGCGACGCUGCGCGACGGUGCUGACGUGCAGGCGCUGCGGGACCAAAUAGCGGAGCAGGCGGCGGAGAUGACAGCCCUCCGCCAGGCGCUUGCUGAGGCGCGGCGCGGGAGCACUGCUGCUGGCGCGACGCUGCGCGACGGUGCUGUCGUGCAGGCGCUGCGGGACCAAAUAGCGGAGCAGGCGGCGGAGAUGACAGCCCUCCGCCAGGCGCUUGCUGAGGCGCGGCGCGGGAGCACGGCUGCUGGUGCGACGCUGCGCGACGGUGCUGACGUGCAGGCGCUGCGGGACCAAAUAGCGGAGCAGGAGUCGGAGAUGGCAGCGCUCCGCCAGGCGCUUGCUGAGGCGCGGCGCGGGAGCACGGCUGCUGGCGCGACGCUGCGCGACGGUGCUGUCGUGCAGGCGCUGCGGGACCAAAUAGCGGAGCAGGCGGCGGAGAUGACAGGCCUGCGCGACAAGGUGGCGGAGCAGGCGGCGGAGAUGACAGCCCUCUGCCAGGCGCUUGCUGAGGCGCGGCGCGGGAGCACUGCUGCUGGCGCGACGCUGCGCGACGGUGCUGUCGUGCAGGCGCUGCGGGACCAAAUAGCGGAGCAGGCGGCGGAGAUGACAGGCCUGCGCGACAAGGUGGCGGAGCAGGCGGCGGAGAUGACAGCCCUCCGCCAGGCGCUUGCUGAGGCGCGGCGCGGGAGCACUGCUGCUGGCGCGACGCUGCGCGACGGUGCUGCUGUGCUGGAGCUGCUGCACCACCUAGUGGAGCAGGAGGCGGAGAUGAUAACCCUGCUCCACAAGGUGGUGGAGGAGGCGGCGGAGAUGAUAGCCCCCCUCCACGCGCUGCUUGAUGAGGGGCGUGGUAUCACUGCUGCUGUCGCGACGCUGCUCGACGAUGGUGCUGUGGUGCUGCUGCUGCUGCACUAA